UCGCUCUGUCAGCCCGGGCGGUGGUGUGUUUCGUAAUCUCCCGUGGUGUCUCCUCUCCUCUCAGCCGGUCAGAAUGGCAGCGGUCAGGACUCUUCGCAAACUGUGCCAACACUCCCAGCAUCAAGUCUGUAAACUGCACACGUCCGCCUCGAGACAGGAGGCGGUGGUCAUCUCAGGAAAGAAACUAGCACGGCAGAUUCGAGAGGAGGCCCGGGCCGACGUGGAGAAAUGGGUUUCAGCCGGCCACAGGAGACCCCAUCUGAGCGUGGUUCUGGUAGGAGACAACCCAGCCAGUCACUCCUACGUCCUGAAUAAGACACGAGCUGCAGCUGAUGUCGGAAUCUCUAGUGAGACAAUUCUCAAACAUUCAGACAUCAGCGAGGAGGAGUUGCUGGACCUGAUCGACAAACUCAACACAGACCAUCGUGUGGAUGGCCUGCUGGUCCAGCUGCCUCUGCCAGACCACAUUGAUGAGCGCACGAUCUGUAAUGCAGUUUCCCCUACCAAGGAUGUAGACGGCUUCCAUGUAGUUAAUGUGGGCCGCAUGUGCCUGGAUCAGUCCACCAUGCUUCCUGCCACUCCGUGGGGAGUCUGGGAAAUUAUUAAACGCACAGGUAUUCCUACUCUCGGGAAAAAUGUCGUGGUUGCAGGCCGCUCUAAGAAUGUGGGCAUGCCCAUCGCCAUGUUACUGCAUACAGACGGCCGACAUGAGAGGCCUGGAGGUGAUGCCACAGUCACCAUUUCUCACCGUUACACUCCAAAGGAGCAACUUCGCCAACACACUAAAAUCGCUGAUAUCAUUGUGGCUGCUGCAGGGAUUCCAAACCUCAUCACCGCGGACAUGAUCAAAGAGGGAGCAGCGGUGAUUGACGUUGGAAUAAACAGAGUGCAGGACCCAAUCACUGGAAAGAACAGACUGGUUGGAGAUGUGGAUUUUGAAGCUGUGAGACAGAAGGCGGGCUUCAUCACCCCUGUGCCUGGAGGUGUGGGACCCAUGACUGUGGCGAUGCUAAUGAAGAACACUAUCAAAGCAGCUAAGAACGUUCUGCUGUAUCCCCCAGAGAGGAUCCGCAUGGCGGCUGCGUCGUAAUGGGCUGAAGAAAAUCCCAGCAAAAGUGACACAUUCCAGCCCCCCUCCCUAACACCACCCCCUCAUUUUUUACUCUGAGCUACCUGAGAAGCUCCCCUUGCACACGGACUUGAAAGAUGAUAGCUUUAAGGCUCUCGUCCUGCUGACAUCUUUUACCCUCCCUAACUUUAAGUCCAGCCAUGUUUAGACUGUUACAUUCACUCAUGCAGAUUUUGUUUUAUGUAACAGGGUUAUCAGUAUUUAUCAUUUGCAGUAUAUUUCUUGGGAGUUUUAAGGAAUCUUGAAAGAUUGUUUUAUUUAUUGCUACAGUGACACAAUAUUUAAACAUGAAUGGUGGCAGGUCACAGUAUUUAACUCUAAGCUGUUAAACAGAGAAAUUGAGGCCUGUCUGUUGUGUUUCUUUGCAUUAGUUUAGCCUUAUGUACCAAGAGUGAUAAGGGCUAACAUCAUCAGGAACAAGUAUGUUUAUCAAUAUACAAGCUUUAAAGAUUCACAAUUGCCUUUGUAAAAACUUUGAAAUAAAGAUUACAAAUAUG